ACGCGAAUAAUAUAUGAUAUACUUACAGUCCGUAGUAGUCAUUGUCAAAGGUGAAAUCACAUAAGAUUGUAUAUCACGCAAGUGCGAAAAGAUGGCAAGUUCGUCGCGACACUACACAAACAAAGUCUGCUGUUACUCACACCCAGAUGCUCCACUCAUAGAAGACUAUAGAGCAGGCGAUCAAAUUUGUUCAGAAUGUGGAUUAGUCGUUGGAGAUAGAGUGAUAGAUGUAGGCUCAGAAUGGAGAACCUUCAGCAAUGAGAAAUCAGGAGUGGACCCGUCACGUGUCGGUGGCCCAGAAAAUCCGCUUCUGAAUGGUUCAGACUUGUCCACAAUGAUCGGGCCAGGAACUGGAGCUGCGUCUUUUGACGGUUUCGGCACUGCCAAAUAUCAAAAUCGACGCACUAUGACCAGUGCCGACAGAGCUCUGAUAAAUGCGUAUCGCGAGAUCACCGGUAUGGCGGAUCGUAUCAAUUUGCCGAAGACCAUCGUGGACAGGGCCAACGCGCUAUUCAAACAGGUGCACGAUGGCAAGAACUUGAAGGGUCGCGCGAACGACGCGAUCGCGUCCGCCUGUCUGUACAUUGCCUGCAGACAAGAGGGAGUCCCGCGUACUUUCAAGGAAAUCUGUGCGGUCAGUAAGAUCAGUAAGAAGGAGAUCGGUCGGUGCUUCAAGCUAAUUCUCAAAGCCCUUGAGACCAGCGUGGAUCUCAUCACUACGGGCGACUUCAUGUCCAGAUUCUGCUCGAAUCUCGGACUACGGAACAUGGUGCAAAGAGCCGCAACGCAUAUCGCAAGGAAGGCAGUGGAGAUUGACAUUGUACCAGGCAGAUCACCCAUCUCGGUCGCCGCUGCCGCGAUAUAUAUGGCUUCCCAAGCAUCGGAAGAUAAGAGGUCGCAGAAGGAGAUCGGAGAUAUCGCCGGUGUCGCGGACGUCACGAUUCGGCAGUCGUAUAAAUUAAUGUAUCCGCACGCGUGCAAGCUCUUCCCCGAGGACUUCAAAUUCGCCACGCCCAUCGACCAGCUGCCACAGAUGUAAAGAUUGAAGAGAGCGUUGUUUCCUUCCUCCUCCACCACCCUCGAAACAUAUCCGACCUUCUCAACCAUGGAAUAGUUUUCCGUCAUGAGUUACUUAAUUCAGAUAUUUUAUCCCUAGGAUGCAUUCCUAAAUGUUUUGUGCUAUUUAAAUCUAUAUUUAUCCACAGCACCAAUACCCUUUCUUGCAAAUAGUAGUGAAUUUUUUAAGUUAAAUUUCACUGUGUUCUUUGGAAAUACUGUUACUUAAUAUGGAACAUGUUAAACGGUUAACGGUUAUACUUUGCCGUAUAAAACGGUUGUCUUACAAAAUAGUUAUUUUUCUGCGGAGUCCUAUUCGGUUUUUUUUUUUUUUUGGUAUUCAUUCGAAAUUUGUAGUUAGAGAAAAAAGGUUCAUUUAGUAUCGUCGAUACAAUUGCACUAAGUGAAUCUUUAGCUAUAGUAAAUUGCAAAACUAUUUUUGCAGUUAUGUAAGGAAAUCUUUAAUCGAAUGGCCUUAUAUUAAAAGUCGAAACAUAUGUAUGAGACGUAGAUAUGCUGGCACCAUGCGUGUAUUGUAUAUAUAAUUAAUAUUUAUAAUCUAUAUUAUAUAUUGCGGUUUAUAUAGGUGUAAGAAUAUGUGUAUGAAAUAUUACAUAAGAGUUAUAUGAAGCAGAUGUAUAGAAAAAUAGCAGACUGCUAAAUUUUCUACCUCUGCUCUUUGUAAAAUUAUUU